AUGACUUUGCAACAUGGUUUGCAGCAACAUACAGUUUUACGUACACAACAGCAUGGACCACAGCAGCAAUCGCAGCAUGGAUCACAACAACAACAAUCACAGCAAGGAUCACAGCAAGAGCAACAACAAGGAUCACAGCAUGAACUACAACAUGAUUUACAGCACGAGCCACAACCACAGCCGCAACCACAACCGCAACCACAACCGCAACCACAACCGCAACCGCAACCACAACCACAACCACAACCACAACCACAACCACAGCCUGGCAUAUUAAUAGUAAUAAUGUAG